AUGUCUGCCAAAGUUUUAUCAGUGCAUUAUAAUCGUAAUAGACUUGGCGCUGCAUGUUAUGAUCAAGAAACGACUACAAUAUUUUUGCUGACCGAUUUGUUAGAGGAUGCGGAUGAUUUCCGGAUGAUGCAUUCUCUGCUGUUGCAAUUGGAACCAUCAAUUGUGAUUGUUAGUAAAGUGCAAGAUGUCAAUUUUCUCGCUAAACUGAACAAGUCAUGUUUUGAUGAGAGGAAUAACGUCACCACUGAAAUAUCGAACAAAGAAAUCGAAGAAGAUGCUGUGGUAAAUGAAGGAGGAACAGAUGAGCAAGAUGAUCUUGAUGAAAGUGAUAAAGAAGAAGAAAAACCUAUAAUUGCACUACAUUUAAUGCCAGCUGUCGCUUACAAUUUUGAGGAUGCUAAGAAACGCAUUUUGCCGCUUUUUGAAUCAUUUAAUUCUACUGAAGAAGAGAAUAAUCUCCGAUUAGCAUUUCGAUUAGAUUUAACUGCUACGAAUAUGAUUUCUUCUUUCGGCGCUUUGUUAAAAUAUUUGGACGCUGUACGGUUAGGUGUGGAAUUUGAAGAUAUCAAUACGAAAACACCAAUCACAACUAUUAAAACUAUUAUCCUAGAUGAAAUAGUGCAAGUGGAUGAUAGCUCCAAACGCGCCUUGCAAAUUUUCAAGGACGAAUUACAUCCGUCAGUUUGCAAAGCAUAUACAGUCGGUAGUACUCGUGAAGCGAUCAGUUUGUUUCGAAUGUGUAAUCGAUGCCAAUCAAAAAGUGGAGAAUCCUUACUUCGCUGUUGGUUCGAGCGACCGACGACAAAUCGAAAAACGUUAACAAAUCGUGUGGCAGCCGUCCAUUAUUUCAUACAAGACUGCAAUUUGGAUGCAGCUGAUUUCAUUCGAACACGGUUAAAGAAAAUUUGCAUUUUAAAGGGAAUUCUCAAGCGAGUGAAGUCACAACGUUUGUCACUGAAUGACUGGAAAAAUCUUUAUACGACGUGCAAUACAGCACAACAAAUUAUGGAUUACAUCAAAAAGCGCGAAAUAAAGCUUGCAUUAAUUGGUGAUGAAAUGACGAACGUUUGCAAAGAUAUUACUCGCAUUACAGCUGUCAUCUUUGAAGUUAUCAAUUUUACGGAAUCAUUUAUGGAAAAUCGAUUUGUCGUAAAUGCAAAUGUUGACGGAAAUUUGGAUCAAUUAAAGAACUUAUAUGCAUCGUUACCGGAAACACUGACACAUAUUGCAAGAAUGGAAGCUACAUCUCUGAGUGUACCAUCAUCGGUAUGCUAUAUACCAAUGUUUGGCUAUUUGUUAAUAGUACCAAAAAAUACGACAUUUCCAUCGUCUGUUCAGGACGAGAUUGAAAUUUUAUACGAGACGGAAAAUGCAAUACAUGUGAAAAAUAAACGAAUGCGUCAACUUGAUCGAGAAAUUGGUGAUAUAAAGAUGGAAAUAAUUGAUAUUGAAACAAAUGCAAUGCUAAAAUUGAAACAAUUUAUUUGCCAAUAUGAUAAAGCUAUCCGUCAAGCAGUUUACUUCUGUGCCAUGUUGGAUUGUAUCAUUUCACUUGCACUAACGGCCCGUGAAUAUGAAUGGUAUUGUCCACAUUACGUAGAUGAAUCUGUGAUUGACGUAGACGAUGGAAGGCAUGCUAUCAUGGAAUUGCUAUCAACUAGUAAAUUUAUUCCAAAUCCAAUCCGUUCUGGAGGUGCACAAACGAAGAUAAAAGUCCUAAUGGGACCAAAUGCAUCGGGCAAAAGUGUUUACCUGAAACAGAUUGGAAUUAUCGUAUUUCUUGCGCAUAUUGGGAGCUUUGUGCCAGCAAAAAGUGCUAUUAUCGGACCAGUGGAUCGUAUCAUAACACGAAUGCAUACGCUAGAUUGCGUAUUGGAUGGGAUGUCAACGUUUGCGACCGAUUUAUCGCAGAUGGCUGUAGCUUUGCGACGUGGAACUGGGAAUUCGCUAGUUUUAAUCGAUGAGUUUGGUAAAGGCACUGUUAUGGAAGCCGGAAUCUCGUUGCUAACGGCAUCAUUGAAUUAUUGGAUUCGGAAAGGAAAAAUUGACUGUCCACACAUUUUUGCUGUAUCUCAUUUCCACUCACUAAUUGAUCACAUUAUUAAAGAUGCCAACCUACUAUCGUUUUUGACUAUGGAUGUAGUGUUAAAUGAUGGAAAUUUCGACUUUCAGUAUAAACUUGUUGAUGGCUUUAUUGACUUUUCACACGCCUCAUAUGUUGCGUCAAAAAUGGGCAUUGAUAAUGAAAUUAUAAAACGCGCAAACCAGGUUCAUGAAUGCUUAAAAUGCAAUAUGCCUAUAGAUCCCUUGGAUGACGAUGGAGAAUUGCUAUUCAAAAUUGCACCUUUGUUGGAGAAUCUGAAGAAUACUGAUUUUACUGUUGACCUCAAAGAUUUUUUACAAGUUAUGACUGAAUUAUUGUUGCCAGCAGAAGAACGAAAUGUGGCAUUAAUGGAAAAAGAGAGUGAAAGUGAAAAUGCUGCUAAUGACGUAGAAAAUGGCUAUAAUGUUGACGCGGAAGAGAUCGAUUUAACACGAGGCGAUGAUAAGACAAUAAAAUUAGAGAACAGCGAAUCUCAUGCAUCCACUUCUGGAAUGCUACAAAAAUUAAGUGAUACAGCAGUUACUUUGACAGAACUUCUGGAUGAAGCAAGAGAAAAUAAUGAUACUACGUCGAAUGUGCUUGAGUCGUUUCUGAAUGCCACCGGAAAGUCAUCAAUAAUGAAGAAGAAACAAUUUGAACAUGCAAGUCUCAAAGUUCAAAUUGGAAUAAUUUACAUUUAA